AGCAACAUUACAUUAUAUAUAUAUACAUCACAUUAUAACUAUACAUGUCUCAACAGAAAAGUAAUCAUAGUAAACUAAACAAUGCUGACGAUAAUGCUAUUUCAGUCACAAAAUCAACAGAUUCGGAUAAUGCAUGGAAAGCAGUUGGUAGUAGAAGAGGCAGUACAGUGGCUGUAGAGAAAUCAAUCAGUCCUCAUGAUUCUCCGAUCAAUGAUACUAUAGAAACGAUAAGGAGAAGCUCGAUUGCAUCUGAGAGCAACUGGGGUUCAUUCAAUGGGUUUCAAUGGGAAGGACCAUCGAUCUUUGACGAAGAAGGAAAAUCAACUGCUGUGACCAGUAUAGCACCUACAACCGCAUUGCCUGAGGAUACGGUACCAAGCAGUGUCCUUUCUGUACCCAUGUUGCCUGGCGUAUCACUCGAGCCUAUUUACCGUCAACAACGAAGCCUUUCGUUUUCAAUGGGUCAAGAUCCCGCCUUCUUCGGAUAUGAUGAUUAUGAAGAACCUUAUCAACAUGUUCAAUACAAGAGCUCGCUAGAACCUAUGGCAGAGGAGCAAGAAGAGGAAGAGUUUGACAGCCUGGAUCUGUCCUUCAUCCGAUCUCGUUCAAAGUCAUCCGGCGCUGCAUUUGGCUUAUUGUCACAGUCUCAACAUGCUCACUUGCUCGCUCGUCGUGAAUCAGAGCACUUGGAAGAUAUUCAACAGCAACGUAGACGAUCAUCUCGAUUCUUUCAUGCAAGCGAAAUGUCACUCGGGGACAAGGAGCAACUCCAACGACGCAUGUCACAACAACAACAACAGCAACAACA